CGCGCUCUGCUGUUGCGAAUAAUCGGCUCAAUUUUAACCGGUGAUAUCAUAUCGCAGCGAAUACGAGAUAAACAAAUGGCAAAAUGUGUGAGGUUGCGUGUAAAUAGGCAAUUCGGUGUAGCUAGUAAAAAAACUAAUUACGCAGUUUUAAUCGUCAGCAGGUAUUCGCCAUGGGUACCAAAGUUCUAGGAAUGCGAUUGGUAACGGCAUCUGUGAUAUUGGUCUCUGUGUGCUCUGUGUGGGCACAGGUACAUCGAGUACCUCAGCCUCACAAUGAAGUAAAGCUUGCAACCAGCGAAGAAAGGAAACUGGAGCCACCUAAAGACAACGCGCAAGCAACGCCAGUAAAGAAUGACGACAGCACGGCGUCGCCACAUCACCAAAAGAAAGGUGAAUUCAAUCAGGAAGAUGGAUCACUUGCUACCCAGGACUCUGGGAAAACGGAAAUGCAUAAUCAGCAGUCGGUGAAAAUAGAUUCAGCCGAAACCAUACAGUUGGCAACAAAAUCUGACCCAAAUUCCCACAAUGUGGCGCAAGGUGAUAGAAAAUCAGACGAUAAUAGCGAGAUCAAUGGUGCAUCUGCUAAAAAUGAAGAAGAACUAUUGAAAGCCGUGUUAGAUGACCUAGCUGGGAAUGUUGAAAAGUACAAGCAAGAAAGAAGAGAGGAGAAGAUGAAUAUUCAGAGUAGUGAUCAGGAAUCUGCUGUAGAAGAAACAGGUGAACAAGUACCAGCACCCAUAGUAGACCAGUUUAUGACUGAGGAACAAAAAACGGCACUUACGUUCUAUGAGCAAGGAAUGAUGCUUUUAAAUAAAACUAAAGCAACGAAAGCUGACAAAAAAGCAGCUUACCGAUUACUGGAACAAGCAUCUAAGCUUGAUCACAGUGCUGCACAGGUUCUUACAGCCUAUGCAUACUUGUAUGGUGACUAUCUCCACCUCAACAUCGAUGAAGCAAAGGCUAUAUUUAGCGACUUGUCACAGAAACAAGGUUGCUUUCAGUCACAAGGAGCUCUCGGUCUGAUGCAUGCCACUGGACUUGGGUUGAAAUCUAAUCAAGCAAAGGCACUUGUCUAUCUCACAUUUGCAGCUCUUGGUGGAGAUGCUAUGGCACAGAUGGCAUUGGGAUAUCGAUACUGGUCAGGAGUUGGUGUGGAACAGAGUUGUGAGGCAGCUCUUACUUACUACAAAAAGGUUGCCAACAAAGUUGCUGCGGAUGUGUCCAUUUCUGGAGGAGUCGUGGUGCAGAGAGUCCGACUGCAGGAUGAAGUGGAAAACACGGGGCAAAGCAGUGGCAUGCUUGAUGAUGACUUAAUUCAGUACUACCAGUUUUUAGCAGAGAAGGGAGAUAUUCAAGCUCAGGUUGGACUAGGUCAACUCCACUACCAGGGUGGUCGUGGGGUUGAACAAGACCACGAGAGGGCACUAAACUACUUCCAUCAAGCAGCUGAUGCUGGCAAUGCUAAUGCCAUGGCCUUUCUUGGCAAAAUGUAUUCAGAAGGUGGCACGUAUGUUAAGCAGAACAAUGAAACUGCCUAUGUCUACUUCAAGAAGGCUGCAGAUCUAGGGAAUCCGGUCGGACAGAGUGGCCUCGGUAUCAUGUACAUGUAUGGUCGCGGCGUGGAACAGGACUACCACAAGGCAUUCAAAUACUUCUCGCUUGCCGCUGACCAGGGCUGGGUAGAUGGUCAGCUGCAGCUAGGCACCAUGUAUUUUAGUGGCUUGGGAGUGAAGCAGGAUUUUAAGAUGGCAGUCAAGUACUUCAAUUUAGCCAGCCAAUCCGGACAUAUUCUGGCUUUCUAUAACUUGGCUCAAAUGCAUUCUACAGGAACUGGAGUUGCUAGGGCUUGUCACACAUCUGUGGAGCUGUACAAGAACGUGGCGGAGAGGGGAGAGUGGUCGAGCAUGCUCAUGGAAGCCCAUCAGCAAUACAAGGAAGGUCAGACCGACCUCGCACUCAUCAAGUACCUGCUGCUGGCUGAGCUUGGCUAUGAGGUGGCGCAGAGCAACGCAGCAUACAUCCUCGACCAAGGGGAAUCCUCCCUGUUUCCUACAUCAGAGACCUACCCACGUGCUCUUCUGGAAUGGAGCAGAUCUGCUUCACAGGGGUACACCGUCGCCCGAGUGAAACUCGGUGAUUACUACUACUAUGGAUACGGAACGGAAAUCGACUAUGAAGCAGCCGCGGCCCACUACCAGGUGGCGUCGGAAACGCAGCACAAUGCGCAGGCGAUGUUCAACCUGGGCUACAUGCACGAGAUGGGCCUCGGUUUGAAGCAGGACGUUCACUUGGCGAAGCGCUUCUACGACCUGGCUGCGGAGACGAGCACGGAGGCGCAGGUGCCUGUAACUCUCGCGCUCGCCAAGCUGUCACUGCUGCAUGGAGCUGACUUCGGCUGGGAGUACUGGAAAACGCAAUACCCUUCACUUGACAUGCAAGUGUAUCUAGAUUUAGUGGGACCCAAUUGGGACCUGUAUUUGAUAACCAUCUUGGCAGGGUUGUUAGCUGGUAUUGCAUACCUUCGUUUUUUCCAUCGGUGAUUUCUGCCUUACCCGAAUCAGAUGAUACUGGCAGAGAUGUUGGUGCUUUCGGCAAGCCUAGUGUUAGACCUUCACCUUUUAUCGCAGUCAUUCAAACAUCGUGGUUGCAUUUCGAGCCCAUUCGCCACACGACUGCCAUCUUCAUCGGGGCAAGCCAACGUCGGACGUGGUUUACAUGGUCUAUAUAGUAAUGGUGUCCUAGUCGUCGGUGGCUCUUGUUUAAUGAGCAAUGGUUUCUACUGCAAUUAUUGCACAUGCAAUGACAGCUGUAGUGUGUGUGCCCCUCUGGUGGCCAGAACAUGCAACCUCUGGUGCAGCACAAGACGUGUGUAGUGGAGCGUGCAAGCGUGAGUUCUCUCGUUGUUGUAGAGAGGCCGAUUUUUGUACAUAAUUUUGAAAACAGCUUUCUAUAGAUGUUUGUCAAUUUGUGGCGUAUUCCUAUGCUUGCAAUAUUGCGAGUGGAUUAGUGCACUGGGAAUACCUCACAGCAAGUGUAUUUAAAACUCGUUAACAAUAACUCAUGGUAUAGUGUCUCUAUCUAUAUAAUGGAUUAUGCACAGGAUGGACCAGUAAUCGGAAUAAAAGUGGCCACAGCUGUUGUUUUCCCUGGUGUGCUAUUACAAAAGUAUAUGGUGAUACUUGUCGCUGUUGAAGUUAAAUAUGCGAUAGUUUUAUUUGCACCAGUAUUUUUUAGGACAGCUGAUAAAUACUGCAUAGGUAUUAGGCUUGCAGUGCACAUAUUACUGUGCCCUACCAGUAAACAAGCAUGAAUUUUCCAAUCUUUCUCAGCAAAUUUCAUUUAUUUAUUUUAUAUUUACACCGAUUUAGUCUACCAUUAGUAACCGCACGUGGUAUCUCUAUGUAAAUUGAACUUUUGAAGUUUAUAAACGAAACAGUGUCAGUUUAAAGCCGAGUUUUUCCAGCAAUACCCACGAUUACUGUCAGGGUUCAUUAUGGGGCUUUUUUGAUGGAUUUGGAUUUUUUGUCUAGGUUUAUCAAUUUAUAUAACCCAACGGCUUUAAAAAUACGUAGAACUGUAGAAUCCAGGUUUGUAUAGAAAAAAGGUGAAUAUAAGAAAUAUGUGUUCGCACGUAUUGUGUACGUGGUUCCAUGUACUGAUUGUCCUACUACUAGGAACAAACUGAGAAAAAUUAAACGAUGAUGAAUAAGAAAAUAAUUUUUGUCAUUUUUUGUAAACUUUUUGUCACUAGUAUGCCACGUUACUAAUAAAUUCUGGUUAGUCACGUAUAUUUAUCAUCAUCACUACAAUGUUUAGGACUUCUAGUGUGCGUGCGUGCGUGUAGAAGAAUGGUCAAGUAUGCCCAGUCACACGUUUCUGUUGUCAAGUGAUUUCCGUGGGUUUAGAAAACAUGGCAGUAAUGGUAUUGCCAUUGACUAUUAUUGUGAAAUGUUAAUUAUGAAUGUAAUAAAUAUUUGUACAACA